UUGUUGUUGUUGUUGGUUGUUAGCUGAUAGUAGAAAUAUUCCACUAAUCUAAUCAAGUAGAGUCAAGACUUUGUAUACAUACGAUGUAUUUCAACUGUAUUGCAUAGGCGGCGGAUAAAAAUGUAAACAGUUGAACAUUGAUGAUUUUGCAAUGUUGCACUAAUUAUUCAAAAUAAUCCUAUAUUUUGACUGAAUAAACAUCACGAUUGCACCAAUUGAAAAUAAUCGAGAUAAAUCGAUGGAAACUGAUCGAUUUUUCCAAAAUAUUGAUUAUUGAAAAAUAAAAUCGCGUUUUGUCAAUGUUUCUUAAAAUACAUUUCUAUUUCUCCUUAAGAAACAUCUAAUGCAUCACAGGGAUUAUUCCAAAUUGUAAAAUUAGUUAUUUCGUGUAUAUUAAAGGAGGUUGCUUGUCUAGGUAUAGGUAGAUUGUUUAGGUAAGACUGUUUGACUAGCUCUGUGCAUGCAAUAUGGCCGUUGCCAUUAAAUCAGUGUGUUUUUGUCACAUUGUAAAAGCUUCAAUAAAACGGCGGGAAUGAUUUUCAUUGAUUAAAAAGUACAUUGCUAUGCACUAAUAAUGAAUCAAUUGAUUAUAGAAAGGACAAAGAAUGAUUAUACGUAUAGUGUAAAUGAAGAAACUCACAUUAAAUACAAAGAAUACUCGUUAAAAUAACGUUGUUGACGUACGUUUAGAAGAUUAAUUUAUAUAACAAAUUUGACUUAGCAAGGAAGAUGAAAAUGCUUCAGAAAGGAAAACGUAAAAUAGAAAAGUAAACGUAUAUAUUUUCAGACAUUUUUUUGUUUUUUUUUCAUGAAGAAAUACACAUUAAACUUUAUCUACAAAAAUGGAAUUGAUUCGAUAACAAAAGUGUGAACACAUUUUACAAAAUAUUUCAAAUUUUAUGAUUAUUCAAUGAAUGAAAUAUUGAUUAAUCGAAGAAAGAGAAAAUGUAUCAAUAUACGUUUAACCUACUGUAGUGGAUUAAGAAAGAAAUAUUUCGUUUUAUAAAUGAAGUUAACAAUUAUCUGACUGAUUAUGGAAACUGUAUGGAGGAAUUUUAAAUUCAAAUAUAUUAUUAUUUGUAUCUUUGUUACCUUUGUUAUGUCCUGUUUGAUAAGUAUUGUUCCGAUCAAUAUUGAUGAAUGCAAGUGUGAGAAUGAUGUUGCGAUGAAGCAGCAAUAUAAUGGCCACAAACAGAAUGGCAAAUUUCAUAGAAAAACUGAACGGUCAGAAUACAAGCUAGCUAUUCUUGUACCAUUCAGAGAUCGUUUUGAUGAAUUAUUGGCAUUUGUCACGCAUAUGCAAGAGUUUUUAUAUAAGCAGGAUAUAGAUUAUCAUAUAUUUAUAUUGAAUCAGUUUGAUAGAUACAGAUUUAAUCGAGCUUCCCUCAUUAAUGUUGGUUUUUUGGAAACCAGUAAAGAUUUUCAUUAUAUGGCCAUGCACGACGUUGAUUUAUUACCAUUAAACGAUGAAUUAUUAUACGUAUAUCCCAGUAAAGGUCCUUACCAUAUAUCAUCUCCGGAUUUGCAUCCUCGAUAUCAUUAUUCCACAUUUGUUGGUGGUAUAUUACUUAUUAAAAGAGAGCAUUUCAGGCAGGUUAAUGGUAUGUCAAAUAAAUACUGGGGUUGGGGCCUAGAGGAUGAUGAAUUUUACGUUAGAUUGAAAGAAGCUGGUUUAACUAUUACUCGGCCUCAAAAUAUAUCCACAGGAACGCAUAAUACGUUCAAGCAUAUUCACGAUAGAAAUCAUAGGAAGCGCGAUAUGAUAAAAUGUUAUAAUCAACGGGAAGUUACUAGAAAACGAGAUAGAGAAACUGGUUUAAAUAAUGUUUCGUAUAAAAUAACAAGUAGAAUUAAAAUGACUAUUGCAGGCACCCCAUUGACCGUGCUCAAUAUUUCCUUGAUGUGUGAUAAGUCUAGUACACCUUGGUGUGAAUGUGAUAAAACUAGUGUUUCUAAAGAUGCUAAGCCAAAAGAGAAAAAAAAGAUAAUUGGUAAUAAUAUUAACAACGAUAAUAAUAAUAAUAAUAACAAUAAUAAUAAUAAUAAUAAUAAUAAUAAAAACAGAGGUAAAUCUGAUACAGCAUUGUAACUAUAUUAUUAUUGUACUAAAAAGAAAUUACAAAUCCCAUAAGAAUUACAUUAAACACUGUGUUUUUUGAUAGUUUGUAUUUUCGAAGUACGAUAAUUUUUGUCUACAUAAAGAAAAGAACUUUUUCUUUAAUUGUUAAUUAAAAAAACCACAUAUAUGAUUAAAAGUUUACUUUAAUUAUAUUAAAUGUCUAGACCUGUUAAUGAUAAUUACUUGCGCGUUUCAUACAAGGGAUAUUCAUAUAACAUACAAUGGAUGAUAUUUGAGAGUAUCAAUUUAAUUAACUAAGAUUCCCUA